AUGUUCAAGCUCCGAGCAGGAAAGCCCCCUCCAAGACUCUCCAGACACCAUCUCAGCCUCUUUCUUGAAGGCAUCGUGGUCGCCCUCAGACCUCUGGUGAAACCCAAGACCAUUAAAAAGAGGACCAAGAAGUUCACCCAGCACCAGACCAGUCCAGAGUUGGCUUCCAACACCACAGAGUUUCUUCAGGCCAGACGACUUCAGCUUCUUGAGACAGCCCCACUGUCUAGCACUGCGGCCUUCUCUUCAGAGCCUCUGGAGCCGCUGUCAACCAGGCUUCCUCCCAGGGCCCAAAUCCCUGGCCUCAGGCCCCAUCAAGAUCCCCACAAGACUGGACUGAGGCACUAUGUGAAACUCUUUAGCUUCUGCACUAAGAUGCCCAUGGAGAAUAAGGCUCUUGAGAUGGUGGAAGAGUGCCUGGACAAGUAUUUCCAGCAUCUUUAUGAAGACCUGGAGGUGUUUGCUAUGCAUGUUGGCUGCAAGACUAUGAGGCCAGAGGACCUGGAACAUCUGAUGCAACGGCAGGGCCUGGUCGAUGACCAAGUCUCCCUAUAUGUGCUUGUGGAGCGGCACCUGCCCCUGGAGUACUGGCCACUGUUCAUCCCUUGUGCAUUCACUGGCAACUCUGUCUUUCCUGCCCAGCAGUGGCCAGGCCUCAACACCCACCCAGUGCCCACCUGCGGUCACUUGGCUCCACCCCUGACGCUGCCUCGAGCCUCCUUCUGCCUCACCUCCGCCUUCCAAAGCCCUGUGUGGCACUGCCAUGGCUCAUGGCCUCUGAGCUUUAGGGGGACGGAGCGUUGUGGGCCCCUUAUCGCUGGAGCCCAGCCAAGCGGCUGGACCUGUGGAGGCACGCGGGUCCCCACUGUGCCUCAGCCAUCUGGUGACAGAGCGCUCAAUGCAGGCAUAUUCCGAAUCAGAGCUGCUGGUUGA